AUGUGGGCGCAGCCAUCGCCUGCUGCUGUCACUGGCGCGGGGGAAAACGGCGAUAAACUCGCCUCAGCAAAUCAAUAUGGGAUGCUGUCUUUGGAAGCAGCCCAGGACGCCCUCAGUACGGAUGUAUCGGGUUCGCUAUCUACUCUUCCUCGAGUGGGAGCACUUCACGUGCGCCGGUCUCCUCCCGUCGGUCGGACCUACGCUGUGCUAGCAGCGAUCUUCUCUAUAGUGGCUGUGGCGUUCCUCAUUUCCGGCUGUGCCUGGCACUUAAAACUGCAUCGGGUCCUAUCUCGAACGGAUCAAUCUAGACGACUCGCAGCUGGAGGGAUUGGCCCUUGCGAUCCGCUGGGAGACGACGAGAGUGGCUCCGAAGCACCGGAGCAGCCACGCCCACGUGCACCACAGUUCGGCGCAUAUGAGAAGCAAGUCAAAUAUUUAUCACUCACAGUACAAGAUGAAGCGUGCCUUACAGCGGAAGAGGUCAGGCUGAUUGAGUUAGCCAAGCAGAUGUUGACUGAGUUGGGCGACUCGGUUUCACGCCUUCUGAGCGAAAAACGGGAAGCGAAACAAACGAUCCGGACGUUAACUGCCGAACUGAAUGCCACGCCACAACCCAAGACUUUGGAACUACAACACGAAGUUGGACGCACGGAAGAUUAUAUCGAACAUUUGAAAGAAAGCCUACGACGGCUGGAAGCGGAACUUGACGAAAAAUACCCGAGACUCACCGCUUCUGUUUGGAGCCAGAAGCAAGAAGCAGCUGCUCUGCUGCUGAGAGCAACUCAUGCUAGUAGAAAGGCAUUAACGGUAGGUGCAUCACGUGCGCUGGCUGCACAGAGGGUUGUCCUGGCGGCAGGCAUGCCACAUCAUGAAGAUUGUCCGCCUGAGCAUAUCCCGCCGGUGAAACGAAAGAUUGAGGAGGCACUCGCUGCAUCAAUGCUUGCCUCUGUCGCUAUCGAAACACGGGGAAUCCCAUCAAGGGAAUCUAUAGAGAGAGCGAAAGUAUCUCUCGACGAGAUACUCAAUGUGGAGACUGCGGCGCCGUACCUCGGGUUGCAAAGUUAUCUCCCACGCGUACAACAGGAACGGAAGAGGCUGGAAGAUGCUCUGGAUAAAGCAUUAAGUGUAACAUCAUCGGAAUCCACGGGGAGACAAACUCCUACAUAUCCGGGAAGAAGCCGUUCAUCUUCGCUGCGGCGUCCAUCGACACCCCUAUCUUCCCAUAUCCCUUGGCCUCAUCAUGAGCCUGGUCACUUUGGCCAUGAACGUAGACCUAGCCGUGCCAGCUUCGGACCUUCUGAGGAUGGCAGGGGCACCCUCCCUCUUCCUGGCGUUCCCCGUUCCCCAGCUACUCGCUUGCCUCAGCGGUCGGCAACUUUGCCUCGUGCACCUCCAGGCUGGCAGCCGCAUCCAAGCAUGAUGCAACAACUGCGUGGGAGCUCCCGUCCACCUUCAAGAGGGGCGACUUUGCCUCGCCAAAGGUCACAAAGUCUGCCGCGGACAAUUCCGGGGCAGCAGCAACCUCAGAUAAAUAUGCAACAACUGUCCGAAGGCUCUCGUCCAACCGACAGGGCGGCAACUUUGCCUACGCAACAUCCAGGGCAGCAGCAACCUCGGAGCUCAAUGUUGCCAGUGCUGCGAGGCCCUCACACACCCCGCCCAACACCAGUCAAACCCCCGCGCAAGUCGAAGCAAGGCCCUCAGGCAGGUCCCUCCCAAGCUGUUUCUCCACCGCAGGAGCCACAAACACACCCAGCGGCUGCCCCUACAGGCAUCCAAACGCCUUCAGCUGGUGACACUUCAUCUUUACCUGCACCACUCCCGGCAACGAGCGAUGGACAUCCUGCUGGUGAGACUCAACCGGUAAAAACAGCCAAGGAAGACGCUUCUGGUGAAGGCUCCGGCUCCCCAUUGCCUAGCCCUUCAGGUGUGGAUACGGAGAAAUUGAAGCCAGGCAAACCGCCUAGUGGUGGUGAUCCAACAGGCCCACCUGGCCCCAGUAAGGCGGAAGAUGCCUCUGACCGCCCAGAGGACGGUGCUGCAUCGGGAGGAGACGGCGCCCCGUCAGAGCGAAAAGAACCCCCGCCCUCACCACCAGGAGAUGGCCAACAGCCACCAGGGGACUCGCCUCCGCCUCCACCACCUGGAGGCAAGCCUACGCCACCUGGCGAGGACCCUCCCCCACCAGAACAGCCUCCAAAAAAGGACGAACAGGCCGCCACGCAAGAUACGGAGUUAGAGAAAAAGCUGAAAGACUUGGCCACAAGAAUGACGACUUUUUCAGCGUCUGCCGCGCCCGUAGCCUCUGCAGCAGCGGAGGACCGCUUCACCCAUCCCAUGGCAGAGGAUAUGCUUAAGGAGGGUUUACAACUUUUCCAAGAAGCCGAACAAUUGACUUCGACCCACCCAAGUUCUUCUCCCCUCCUGAUGAAGGUUGUUGAGCAGAAAGAACAGUGUCGACAGCUGUGUUCCAGCCUCCACACAAGUGUCUCGAAAACGUGGGAAGCUAACCUUCGCGCGAAAAAGCAUACCUUAGAAUCAGCGACACGCAACGCGGAAAAGCUACGGCAAAGCCCUCGCGGAAGGUUCCCAAGUGCUCAUCAUAUGGGCUUGUUAGAUCAGCUAUGUUCACUUGUAGAAGAGGCAGAGAGACUGGUUAAAGAUUUAACUCCUUUGAAUUCCCAUCCUGUGAGAUCUGGUGCCGUUGCAGCUCUUAUUCAAGAAGUCGAUAUAUCGGCUUCUGUAGGGCAUACGGUGGUAACAGCGGGAGUACGGUUUUGUGCGUCAGAGUGCAUUGCAGCCCUUGAGGAAGGAACGGGAGGCGCCGAUUUGUUACAGCAAGCAAUCAGUGCUCACAGCCAGUUGAGUACGCUAAGGGGUGAUGCACCAGAGGUCAGUGACCUAGAAAAAGCGAUUACGUCGAAAGGUGGUACGAUCAGCAAGUCGUAA